AUGGACGACAAGGCCGCCGUGGCCGUCGCCCUGAACAAGCGGGAUGCGCGAAACCCAAGCAAGCCGCAGUAUGACGAGGUGAUCCUAGUGAUGACGGGAGCCGCGGACAGGGACAACAUCGCCGAAGGCAUGAGGCAGUAUCUCCAGCGUGCCGAGAGGCACCAGCCCGCCCUGUCGUCCGAUUGGAAGAACCGUGUCAGCUGGUUCCAGACGCGAGGCAACGUCAUGGGCAAGGUGGUGGCGCACGAGCGGUGGUACAAGGACCUCAGGCCCUCGCAGCACCUCCCCGUGGCGACGGGACAGUCCCUGGCCGCCGCCGUCGCUCGCGUCCAUCGGUCGGCCAGCGUCGACAUGUUCCAGCUCGCGCCGUGCGAGGACAGGGACGUCUACGACUUUAUCAACGCGGUGCCCAACAUCAACAUCUACCACCUCUUCUUCGGCUACAACUCCCGCCAGGGUUCGGCCUCGUCCGGCAUGAGCAGCUCGGCCAGCCGGGCCCUCGCGCAGAGGCAGUCGCAGUUCCACGCCACGCUCCAGCAGCGGCUCCAGGCCAGGCACGGCGCCGACGCCCGCGUCAUCUUUACGCAGAACGUGCCCACGUUCAACGACCCGCGCGCCGGCUCGCAGGAGCUGGGCUGGUGCCAACGCUACUUCCCGGAGCAGGACACCACCAUGUCGCUUUCGGACCCCUUCUGGACCAGCCUGAUUCGCGAGGCCAACCCCUAUGCCGAUAGGUCCGUCCGGCUGACGUCGAUCCCCGACAACGAGGACACCUUUCUUCAACAGGUCGUCGGUGCACGCAUGUACCAAAACAGUCUGCGUGGAAAGAUCUACGCCAUGCUGUACAGUGCCGCGCAAAGCAGCCAGUUUGCAAGCAACAACCCGAGGUCGCAACAUCGUGUGUCCAAGAUCCUGGUCCCCGAGUUCCAAGGCAGCCCCGACCCCACCCUGGAGCUGGGAGACGCAAACCACAUCACAGCGGUGCUUGGUUACCUCGAUCAAGAACAGUACGGCGGAAGCGGAGCGGGCAGGCUUGUCCCCGCCGCGUGCGACACGAGCGGAACGGAUCCUUCGCAGCCCCCGGCCGUUACUACUACGUCUAGGUCCAGGGGCGAAGGCUGGGUUUUGACGAACUGCGACAUUCGGCAGAUCCGCAACAAGAUUGAAAACAUUCUUCGUCGUAGCGCGUAA